AUGCGAAUUAAUUCGGCCGCAACGGUGCGAUGCUAUCUUAGUGAAGCAAGCGAGAAAACAGUGUUGCAAUUACUUAAGAAGCAGCUUUGUUGUCAAAAGCAUGUGACUUCCGACGAUGUGCGAUCAGUAGUGCGUGCCGUGGCCAGUCAAGGUGGCACUGUUACGCUUCCACUUGACUUUCCUUCCUCGCGAUGGGUGCUUGAGUUUAAGCGAAUACAUGGCUUCAUGCAGCUCAGUAAUUUUGCGUUGAAUGUUGUAUCUAGUGGUGGAAACCUCAGUCAUAAAACCAAGGCGACAAUCGAAGCUGAGCGCCCAGCACGACAAAAUAUGGCGCUUGUAUCGAGUCAUAAAUCUCGCACAACCACAAGCAUUUUAAAUUUAAGCAGAAUGUCUAAUAAUGCAAAUGAAAAGCAUGACAGAAUUUCGCAAGCAGAUAUGGUGCAGACUACGGACAACGAUUUAAGAAGUGGCAACUUGAGUGACGAUGAGAAGGAGAUGAGAAAGAGCGAAGAAUGUGUUGGAGCACGAACGUCGGAAUCGACUCGCAUGGUUAUGUAUUCCAUGAUCUUCCCAGAAUGUCGUGUUUCGUUCGAUGGCUAUUUGAAGCGUCAGGUAAAGUUACGACACAGUUUUGGUCAGCGUCAUCAACAUCAUCUACAACAACAGCAGCGUCGUGCCAUGCUCGUAGAAGACCGUCGUCGAGCGACGACAUGGUCGAUACCUGUCAGUCAACUGAAAGCGACACACGAGGUAAUGCAGUCUGAAGGAAGUAGCGGGAAAGAACCCCGAACGGCAAUGGGUCAAAGGAGCUGUCAGAGCAGGAGCAAUGAAGUGGGGUCCGGCCUUGGACCUAGUAUCAGCUUGAUGACGCCUCACAUUCAACACAGUGAAAAUAGUUACGAUAGUAAUGGUGACAGGAUACACGACAUGGUGCCAUCUACAACAUUAAUAAACGACAAUCGCGGUUACAAGCUGAGUCACACGGUGCCGGCCGUAACGUGGGAGAAAGCCAUCGCUGCUGUUGAGCAACAAGGAAUGAGCCUGCGAGCAGCUGCCAAGUUGUUUGGCGUGCAUUUUGCGGCUUUACAUCGACGAGUAAAGAAGCGGGCCCAGAGUGGAAAGGACAAAGGUACAAACGGGUAUUUUCACCCGAGUGAUGAAGCAGGAAUUAUGCGAGUUGUGGUAGCUCGGGCAGAGUUGGGUGUCUUGAUGACGUUUGCUGAAUUAAUGCGAUUGGUGGAGGCUGCCGCACUACGCAAGCUACCUGAUCUCUCGAUCGAAGGGGCUCGAAACCUUUUGACGAGGUUCCAGUCGCGUAAUGCAGAUUCGAUUCGACACAUUAUCGACGACUGGCCUCUGCCACGGCUUGCAUCAUCCGCCAUAGGGGAUGACCAGAUUCAACCGUACACUAGUCAUCCAGGCUUUGAUUUUGGAUCGGCGCCUACACGUUCGGCAGAGAGUACAGUGAGUUCUAACACACUGGUUGCACCUGCAGUCUAUGGCAACAGUGGAAAUGAUCCAGGACUUUCUGAAGUGCGACUUAUUGAUACGAUGAGGAAUAUGGGUCUCGGAACAAUUGCACUAGCUACUUCCUUAAGUCGUUUGGCGUAA